AUGUAGUAAUAAAAAUCAUAUCCACGCUUACUUUAAUUAGAAAUUAAAAUUCUAAAUUAGAUUAAAUAUAAUUUCGCGAGAUUACCAAAUUAUUGUUUGGUAUUUAUUUUAAGCAGAGUGGUGUUUUAAUUUACAAAUUCAAUUUCAUAUAAAAGAAAUUUAUAUCUUGAGGGGGAUUAAAUGUGUGUAAAAAUAUAAAUCAUAACUUUAAUUAUGUCAAAAAAAUUUUAACUGUAUUUAUUUAGUUUAAUAUAUUUCAAUUAUAAAAGAAAUUGCAGCCAAAAGGUACAGACCUCUCGAUCUCUUUAUUUAUUUCAAUUAAUUUUUUUAGGUUGCACGAAUUUUAUUUUGAUUAAAUUACCGGCCAUCUGGUAUGAAGAAAAUUGUAAAAUUAAAGUAAAACAUGUGAGAGCUCCUUUCUUUUUAUAAAUAUAAGUAAAAACUUAUUAGAAGUAAAAAUAGCAAAUUAAAGUGAAUUAGUACAACUUAACCUUAAAUUUUAAUUAGCACAUCUCUAUAUAAAUGUAUGUAAGAGUAUGUAUGAUAAAUAAAUAAUAAAAUGCUUAAUUAAAAUUUUAUUAUUAGCUGAUUAUUUUUAUACAUUAAAUUAGCUUGUUGAUUUUGUCUUUCUUUUUUCACUCAUAAAUUUCAAUACCUUGUUUAUCCGUUAUUUUCAUGAAUUUAAUAUGGCAAUUUUUAUAAUUAGUAAGUGAAUUAAUAAAUGAACUAAUAAAUGAAUUAUAUAUAAUUUAAUGCAAUUAAUAAAUAAUUGGUAAUAUUUUUUGUUAAGUUACAUAUGAUAAUUUUAAUAUAUAUUUUUAUUGA